UCUAGCAUCGGAAAUUCCAACCGCUUCAUCAAAUUCCUUAAUUGACCCAAAUUCCGGGGAACGGAAUUCCUUUCUUCGUUCCCCCUUCCCAAAUUCUUCAGAUUCUCCUCUUUCUUUUACAAAAAAAAGGGUUUCAAUUCGAUGGCAUGGAACGUGUUCAAAUUCUGCACGGCACUACGUGCUCUGGGUUCGAUCAUGAUUGUUUUCGUACUCGCGAUCAUCGGUGUCACUUACUAUUCAGUGGUCAUCGCUCAUUAUGGUCGAAGUCUCUUUCUUGGAGGCUUUGAAACAUAUUUUUCCGUUGUAGCUCUCAUCUUGUUUCAUUCCCUGCUGGUAAUGGUAAUGUGGUGUUAUUCUUCUGUCGUUGUAACGGAUCCCGGGGGUGUCCCGCCUAAUUGGAGGCCUCUCACGGAUGAGGAGAAAGGUGAUGCCGAUCCGCUAGUAGCUUCUGGUUACGGAAGUGCAGAAUUAGACUCAAUGCAGUUAGUUAUGCCCAGUGAUUUCAUGAGCGUAGACAUUCGUUUCUGUCACAAGUGCAAACAAUUUAAACCUCCUCGCACCCACCACUGCUCUGUUUGUAGGAGGUGUAUACUAAAAAUGGACCAUCACUGUGUUUGGGUCGUCAACUGUGUUGGGGCAUUCAACUACAAGUAUUUCCUACUAUUUUUGUUUUACACAUUUCUUGAGACGACUCUUGUCAGUUUAUUGUUACUGCGGGUUUUUAUGGAGUUUUUCAACGAUGGCGAGAUAGAUGAAACACCAGUAUCACUUGUAGCCACUUUUAUCACAUUUGUUUUAAACUUAGCAUUUGCGCUGAGUAUUCUGGGCUUUCUAAUUAUGCACAUAGCAUUGGUUGGAGGCAAUACCACCACUAUUGAGGCAUAUGAGAAUAAAACCAGUCCCAAGUGGCGUUACGACCUCGGUUGGAAGAACAAUUUUCAACAGGUAUUUGGACUAGAGAAGAAGUUCUGGUUCAUCCCGGUCUAUUCCGAAGAAGAUUUAAGACGAAUGCCGGCCCUUCAAGGUUUCAAGUAUCCAACAAGGCCCGACUGGGAGCUACCGCAGCGACAUUAACUAGGGAACAAAAACAAGCCUUCGAGUUUCAGUCGGUCGUAAAAAAA